AUGGGUUCGCUCGCUGGCCAGACGAGCUCAUCUCCGGACAUAGCCCGCCUGCCGCCUGUUAUGACAACCCCAGAAGACGGCGAGGCAGAAUAUAGCGCCCAGGUGCUGCGGCUGUCGUCGCAAAGGUCAGAAGCAAUUGUCGAGGAGGAGCUAUUGGCAAAGGCAACUGCCCUGGGCAUUUCAACCUCCCGAUUUUCACACGACAAGCGCAACACGUCGAGCGCGGAAUCGCAGACCUCAACCAUCGCGACCCAACAUGUUCGAACCUUCUCAACUGCCUCGCGGGGUUCGGCCAGUACAACCUUGACCUCACAUCCCUCUCUAAACGCAGUUCCGAUCGCCGCCGACGUACCUCCACAGUCUCUCGCCAGGAAACGGUCCAAGAGCCUCAGUUUCUCCCAAUAUGACAAGUAUCUAUCGCAAAUAGAUCCAAAUAUGCAUCAACCCAAAAUUCAAAAGACACCUCCACCCAUUCCCCACGAUACAUCUGCACACAGCCUAUUCAGUGUGACUUCACGAAGAAGUUACUUCAGCAUCAAAGAGGGCAUGAGGAAGAUACGAUGGAAGAGAAAGUCUGGCUUGCUGGAAUCUACAAUCAUCAUGAUCCAGCAAGCUACGACAGAAGAGUCAAAGAUGCCGCCUCGAUGCUGCACACAACCGAUCCCGGGAUCAAUCAUUCAGAAGAUCCUCAACCGAGAGGAGCAACAUGCGUUUUUGAAGGCGGUUUUGCAGUUCAGCACGCCCUGGGAAGCUAGAAUCUUUUGUCCAAACACAGCUUGUGGCGAAUUCAUCCCUCCUCGCAACCGAAUCGAGCCGAAGCACCCCUUCGACGUUGUGUGCCGUAAAUGUCGGACACGAGUGUGCGUGAUGUGCAAACGCAACGCCCACCCCGUCGGCAAAGAUUGUCCGUCUGAUUGGGAACUGGAAGCCGUCCUAAAAAUGGGCGAGAAGUCUGGCUGGCGACGUUGUUACAAGUGUCGCACACUGGUCGAGUUGAGCCAGGGCUGCACCCACAUGACCUGUAGAUGCAAGGCUCAGUUUUGCUACAUUUGUGGCGCCAUCUGGGAUCCGUCCGUUGGCUGUCCCAACUUCUGCAACGGAGACGAGGAAUUGGAACGUAGGAGAAUAGAAGAAGAGGCCAGGAAUGCUGAACUAGAGGCAGAAAAGGUUGCACAAGAAGCAGCCGCAGCUGCUGAAGCCGCCGAAAAGGUCGAAGCCGAGAAGCGGACCCGCGAGGAUGCGCAAUUUUCCGCACUACAAGGCGAGAUGAUUGAGGAAAUGGGUCGCUUUCGAGUAUACAUGAGGAGGAAGAAAUGGGUCAUGUGGACGCGGCAAGCCGAGAAGAAGCAAGCUUUGACCGACAGAUACUCGGACCAGAUCGACAAAAUGAAGGAGCGCCACGCGAAAACGGCUGCUCACCUGGAAGAACGUCAGAUCGAGGCAGAGAUGGAUUUGAGGUCAACCCUUGACCAGAGCGAGAAAAGCGUCAAGAUUCGCCUCAAGCACAUGGAGGCAUACUGCGAUGGCCUCGGCCGCACUCAAAAUGCCGACCUGCCACCAAGAGUAGUUACGGAGAGAGACCUUCGUCUGCUGGGACAACAGUACAAUGUGCGAGACGGCAUGGAGCGUUUGCAUCAGGCAAAAAUCAACGUUUUGCGCGACCGACAGGCUAAGCGCAUGGAGGAACUUUUGGAACGACAGGAGCAAGAACUCGAGAAACUGACCGACAAGAAAGAGCAGGAGAUAGAGAAUCUGGCAACGGAUUUUGCGCAAGAAGAAGAUACCCUGGUCAAACUUUCUAAUGACCGCAAGCAGAGACUGCAACGACGUUGGUUGAUUGCAAUCGAAAUCCUCCGAAACGAACUGGAGGAACAGACCGGUGACCAAUACGCGUCACUCAUUCUACCAACAUGGCCCGACGAUACCGAGACGCAGGAUGAGAUCCUGGCAUCACUUCCCGAGUCUCCCCCAAUUGGGGACUAA